CCUGCCGCGCCUCCGCCCGAUGGGGACGCGCCGGCCUCCGAAGAAGCGGGCGCGAGCAGCGCGGGUCCCGUCUGGGUGGAGGUGGGUGGCGCGCACGAGCGCGUCUUCACGCCUUCCAAUGCGGACAUUGGGCUGCGGUUGAAGCUUCGCUGUACGCCGGGCAAUGGGCAGCGCUUGGGCCCUAGCCGCGAGUUAGAGAGUGCGGGGCCCGUGGAGGCCGGCCCCGGCGCGUGCACGUUCGACCAGCGCCACCUGUACACGAAGCGCGUGAGCGGCGACGCGCUUGUGCGCGCCGUGACGUACAACGUGCUGGCGGAUGUCUACGCGCACACCGAGCACUCUAGAGCCGUGCUGUACCCUUACUGUGCACCGUACGCCCUGGGCCUCGACUACCGCCUGAACCUGCUGCAGAAAGAGCUGAGCGGCUACAGCGCGGACGUGCUGUGCCUGCAGGAGGUGGACCGCUCCGUGUUCCACGACAGCCUGGCGCCCGCGCUCGACGCCUUCGGCCUGCAGGGCCUCUUCCGCCUCAAGCAGCACCAGCACGAGGGCCUCGCCACCUUCUUUCGCAGGGACAAGUUCCGCCUGUUGGCGCAGCACGACAUCGCCUACCACCAGGCGCUGGCCACCGACCCGCUCCACGGGCCCCUGCUGGAGCAGCUGGCCCGCUACCCACAAGCGCGAGACCGCGUGCUCCAGAGGUCCUCGGCCCUGCAGGUUUCCAUUCUUCAGUCUACAAAGGACCCUUCUAAAAAGAUAUGUGUUGCAAACACUCAUCUCUACUGGCAUCCAAGAGGUGGACACAUUCGGCUCAUUCAGAUGGCAGUAGCCUUGACACACCUUAAACAUGUGACACAGGACCUGUAUCCUGGUGUCCCCGUCUUAUUUUGUGGGGAUUUCAAUAGCACGCCAUCCACAGGAAUGUACAGUUUUGUCAGCACGGGCAGCAUCUCUGAGGACCACGAAGACUGGGCCUCCAAUGGGGAAGAGGAGCGCUGUAAUAUGUCCCUCAGCCACCCUUUCAGACUGAAAAGCGCAUGCGGUGAACCUGCCUACACUAAUUACGUGGGAGGCUUCCACGGCUGUCUAGAUUAUAUUUUCAUUGACUUCACUGCUUUAGAGGUAGAACAGGUGAUACCUAUGCCAACUCACGAAGAAGUUACCACCCAUCAGGCCUUACCCAGUGUUUCCCACCCCUCUGAUCACAUAGCCCUUAUUUGUGAUUUAAAGUGGAAGUAG